UUUGGGAGACGCGCAGAGAAACGGCAGUCGGCUGGGGUGUCGGGAGGGAUAGCACGCGCUGGAUGUUACUGGUCAUCUUGUUAGCGUGGUAUCUCAAGCAAUCAAUAUCAUCAUCUCUGUUUGCCUGUGUGAUUUGAGUGAGCUUGUGAAGCAAUUGCUGCCGACGCGGCGACGCGGACGGCGCAGAGAGUUCUUUGGGCAAACCAACGGGAAGAGGACGCCUUGGUCCGUCGUGGCAUCUUCGUGCUUCUCUCCAGUUGUUUCUUGACUGGCAUUGACGGCAGGGAGCCACUUGCCCCGCCGUCGCUUACACGCGCCUGCAUGAGUGUGCCGCUUCCGAAACGGACGAGCUCCAGCGCAAACGGCAUGAGUGCUUCGUCAGAACCCCUGUCCAAGGAGGCCAAAAUGGCCCUGGAUAACUUCAUUCAAAGCAAUGGCAUCGAGGCAGUUGACGACAUUUAUCGCUACGAUCGAGAUGCCCACAAUGCUCAGGUCAUGGCUGAAGGCUACAAGCAAGAUGUGCAUUACUUCAAGAAGGCUCGCAUUUCAGCGCUUGCACUCUUAAAAAUGGUGAUGCAUGCUCGAUCCGGCGGCAAGCUGGAAGUCAUGGGCAUCAUGCAGGGCAAAAUUGAUGGCGACACCAUGAUUGUCAUGGACUCUUUUGCACUUGCCGUCGAAGGCACUGAGACCCGCGUGAAUGCUGGUGAUGCCGAAGCCGGCUACAUGGUGACGUACAUGGAAAUGAUUCAACGGGUUGGGCGGCACGAAAAUAUGCUUGGCUGGUAUCAUUCCCACCCGGGCUAUGGAUGCUGGCUUUCCGGCAUUGACGUGGCCACCCAAUCCACCAACCAGCUCCAUCAGGAUCCCUUCCUGGCCAUUGUGGUGGAUCCAGUGCGCACGGCAGCCUCUGGCAAGGUCGAACUUGGCGCUUUCCGCUGCUACCCCCCGGAUUAUGUGCCCAAAGAUGCUCCAAAGUCCGAGUACCAGACCAUCCCCUCGGACAAGAUUGAGGACUUUGGCGUUCAUGCCAAUGCGUAUUAUCCCUUGGAGGUGUCGUAUUUCAAAUCCAGCCUGGAUGACAUGCUUCUUCGAUCCCUUUGGAACCAAUAUUGGGCUGCAACCCUGGCUUCCUCGCCCCUGACCACCAGCGCCGCAUACAUCGACGGCCAGCUGGCCGACGUGGCCACCAAGUCACAGCAACAAGCAGAAUCGAGCUUGAGCGGUCCGAUGCGCUCGCUGACCAUGUGGAUAGAGCCCAAGAGCAAAAAAGGCGUUGAUGACCUUACCAAGCUCAUUCAGGACAGCUCCAAAGUGGCAAUGGAGUUGAGCAAGGGCACCAUGAGUCAGCAUCUCAAGGAGCAGCUCUUUAACACCAAUUUUGCUUCCCCGUCCA